CCCGCCCCGCCCCGAACCGGCCCGCCUCACUCCUCUCUUUUUCAUCUCCCUGUCCAUUUUCUGAGAAUCCGAACAAACCGGCGGGAAGAAGAAGAAGAGCGAGGCGAUUGGUUUGGGGCGGGUGUUGAGAGGAACUGAAGUAGCAAGUCUCCGUUUUUGGCGGUUCCUCAAAUUGAAGGAAAAGAAAUGAAGGUGAGAGUGGUGUGUAGGAAAGUGAGGGAUUACAUAAGGUAUGAUCUGAAAGAGAUAGCAUUUCCGUCAUCGUUGCCGGACCCUCCUCAUAUCAUGAAGCGCCGCAAGCUCACCUGGCAUGAGCGCUUCCUGGUGUUGAAGGAGGCGUCUAGGCUUUAUUCGGCCAGCUGGGUGCGGGACAUUGGUCCUGAUCUGAGACCUAAUGAUUAUAAGAAGCAUGAAGAUAGUGAGGAUGAACCUAGCGGAUCAAAGACGACUAUUAAAGACAAAGAACCCUCAACACUAGAGGAUCUUGCUGUGGCUGCUAGAGGAGGGAUGGAGACGUUAAGGCCUGCUCUGCAACGGAUCUACAUGACAAGGGCUUCUGCAUAUAGGGAUGCUCUUAAAAGCUUCAUCCAUGGGUACCAAGAAGGCAUUCAGCAGGUUGUGGAGAAAAAGGAGGAGUCUAAAUCCGACCAGACAGGCGACAUACCAAAAUAAGUCUACUGCACAUCUUUUCACCAGGCUGGAGGGUAUUGCGGCAGACCAGCUCUUCCUGCAAGUCGUUCACUCGGCUGCUGCACAAGUUCUUGAGCUUCAAUGUAUCUUAUAUGUUUUUGGCUU